GAAUUUUCCAUUAGCCAAAAAACGAACACAGAAUUUAAUACAACUGUCCCUACGGCUGUGUUCACUAACAUCAUCAUCAUCCGCUUGGGUUCGUGAUCCGCGCGGCACGAGAGAAGCCGGUAGAAACAAAAGCGAUAGAAAGAGUACAACACACGCACACGCGCAUCGCAUCUCAUUCAACGCUACCAUCACACCACACCACUACUACCAAGAGAGAGAGAGAUGGAGCCGGAGAGAGCGAGUGUGAGAGAUGGGCCCGUGCACGCGUCAGCCUCGCACGAGAAAGGUCGUUUAGAGGUCAGGUGGAAAAAGUGGUCCUCUGUGCAUCAACUUCGCCGGUAAUUGUGGACACAAAUCCUAUUGGAAAAGAAGCAGGGUAGAAAAGCAAGUAGGAAAGACACUGGAAGAACGGUGUCCAGCACAAAUGACUAUUAAUGUAUAAAUGGCAGAGGGCGCAAUACAUUAAUCAAUUGAUAAAGCUGACCUCGGUACCGACCACAGCAGCGCGACUGCUUUCACGGUCUCUGUGUUCUAAAGCCUGAACGGUGUUCGCGAUUGUGUAAUACAAUCAAUAGUGUGCGCGCCCUUUGAGUCUUUUCAGCGCGAUGAUAAUGAAGCUUCCCAUAACAAGCGGAAUUAGCAGCAAAGAUGGAGAUGGAGACCCUUUUUUAUAAUUUAAUGCUCCCCACCAGUGAAAGUGCGCAAGAGUGCACUUAUUGCCUCACUCCACACAUGCACCAGUCGGCUGAUAAUAAUUGGAACAUUCCAGAACUUCCCUUCGUGUCGCAUACGGGAAUGAUGGGAAGCAUCACAGUUUCAGGCGCGGUUGCUGAGCAAAAAGGACCGGAAAAAGCACGCCUGCUGCACGUAAGCUACACCAAGCCAAAUGCCAAACCAAUUAGAUAUUUAAUCCCAGCCAGUUUGGGUCCUGAUGCUCCAGAAAUAGUAGCUGACUUUGGAGCAAUGUCACCAAAACUGGCUUGAAUCUUCCUUAUGGGUGCAUUUCCGUGUGCAGGUAUGCAAAUGAAGCAAGAUGCAUCGCAAGAUGCAAAUGAAGCAAAAUUUGGUAAGCCUGCAUAAUGUUGGGUUAUUUUUGAAGUUUUAUGAUACCACAUCGAAUCGCCGUACGAACUAUUGGAUGCAGAGUCACCAAGAGAUCACUGACAGGGUCAUUGAACACAUUAAACACACACCAGUUCAGACCAGAUGUGGAAUCUAAUCGUCUCGAGAGACCUAUUGGACGGCUCCACGAAUCACUCUCGCCGGGGAAUUCACGUGGAGCAUCGUGGUCUUUUCUUAGCAUCGCAUUUCGCAUUCCAACUUCUACAGACCGGCUUUAAACGCUUUAAGCAUCGAACCGCAUGCCGAGACUUGAUCUUGAAAUUCGGCACGGCAUAGAAUUUGCAUACAUUUGCUGAGUUAUUCUUAGAACGAGGCGAUAAAAAUGUAUAGCAUUAUCCGUGAUUCUGAAGCUGUUUUGCGAACAACAAACUUCAGAAUUUGGAAGUAACUAAACAACUGGAACACACUAUUGCCUCCAAAUUUG